GCGGAAUAACCCUGCACACGGAAACAUAAGAAAAGAAAAGGCUUUCUAAGCACCUUCGUUUCGUUUCCAUCGUUUUCUUUUAUCUUCUUCUUCGCAUGUCUUAAUAUCUGCGGCCCUCAUCUGCGAUUAAAGCGCCUCCGUAUAUCUUCGAUCUGUCUUUUUCCUUCCGGUAAGGCCAUUCAGUUCUUGUGUCUUGUCGAGGACAGACGGCCUAGAGCACAGAAUUCAUGGUCUAGGGUUUUCAAUUUUGAUUUUUGCGUUGAAUCGAUUGCUUUUUUCCUCUCUCUGGUUAUCGCUGAAUCUGGUUGAGUUUACUCUUUGUUAAUAUUUUUGUUUGUUUGCUAAAACAAAUCUGUAAUAUCUUGCUAAUUUCUAGGGUUUGAUUGGGAUUACUUUUGAAAAAAAAAAAAGAAAGGAGAAGUGACAAUAAAAUUUUUCAUUCUUUGGUUUGGGGUUUGGUUAUCUGUGGGUUUGUGCUUUAUUCAUUUGAGCUUGAAUUUUGAUUGAGAAGAAAUUGUGGUUUCUUUAUUAAUAUGGCGGCAGGGCGUGUUGAUGUUUCAAGGAGAAGAGGUUACAAUGGUCGCUUCAAUAAAUACUUUGAUCGCAAUAGGAAUGGUUCUGUUGAGCAUGGUGUGGUAUAUAAGAAUGGCUACCAUAGCUCGUCAGAUGCUUCAAAUUUUUACUUUCGAAGAACUGGGCUUAGUUGUAGAGAUGCAGAGGGAAUAUUGGGUUAUUUUCAAGAGGGAAACGUCAUUGAUCAUUCCUCAAGGUUGGAGGAUGGAGAGAUACCGAGGAAUGAUGAUGGAAUCCAGUUGCCUCCAGAGAAGAGAAGGAAGUUUUCCCCUAUUAUAUGGGACUUGGAGGACAAAGUAGCAUUGAAGAAUAGUGUUUUACCGGCAACUACUGCGAUUCAUUCUCAAUCUCCGCCAAGUGCUUCUGUCAAGGGGCUAAAUGAUGCAACGGAUGCAGGUGCUGCAAAGUAUGCUGUCCCAGUUAUGAGUUUGGAGCUUGUGUCAGAAGAGACACGUGUGGCAGGAGGAUCUGCUCCUGAGUCCUGGUCCAAGUCUCCAGCAAUUUUGUCCUCUCCAUCUCCUCUAGAGAAGUAUGGGGUUGAUGGGCAAGACGAGGAGGAAGAGUUUGCUGAAGCACGGAACAUAUCCAUGUCACGGUGGGCAUCUGAGAGUGAUUCUCCCAGGGAUGUGAAUUUGUCUGAUGAUGAAGGCAUUCCUCGAGAUAGAUUGAAAUCAUCUGGCUCCAGCCAACGAGAUUCCUGUUCAGUAUCUGUCUGUGAAGAUGAAGAUUUUGGAAACAAGUUGGAAGAUCAUGAUUCCAAAAUGGAUAAUGGUGGGAUCCAGGAUGAAAAUGGUUUUCUUAACCAGAUACAAGAUAGUUUAGGUGAGGUUGAAGAGCCUAAUUGUACUACUCAGAAAGGUGUAAAUAUGCCCCAGACUUCUAGAAGUGUAUAUGAGUAUGAGAAACUUCAUGAAAUUAAUGAAGGCACAUACGGUAAAGUAUACAAAGCCAAGGAUAAGAAGACUGGAAAAUUUGUGGCAUUGAAGAAAGUAAAGAUGGAUGUCGGAGGAGACAGGAACUUAGAGGAUUACGGCUUUCCCUUGUCAUCUCUGAGGGAAAUUAAUAUUCUUGCUUCUUUUCAUCACCCCUCAAUUGUAAAUAUUGAAGAAGUUGUCAUGAGUGGCCUUGAUGGUGUUUUUAUGGUGAUGGAGUACAUGGAACAUGACCUCAAGGGGCUUAUGCAGGUGAUGAAGCAGCCCUUUAGUACAAGCGAGGUCAAAUGCUUGAUGUUACAGUUGUUGGAAGGUGUCAAGUAUCUGCAUGACAACUGGGUGCUUCACAGGGAUUUGAAGACAUCAAAUCUUCUUUUGAACAAUCAAGGGGAGUUAAAAAUAUGUGACUUUGGCAUGUCACGCCGAUAUGGGAGCCCAUUGAAGCCAUAUACUUCUCUUGUGGUUACAUUGUGGUACAGGGCCCCUGAACUACUGUUGGGAGCAAAGCAAUAUUCUACAGCCAUUGACAUGUGGUCUGUGGGUUGUAUAAUGGCUGAACUGUUGGGUAAAGACCCAUCAUUCAAAGGAAAAAGUGAAAUCGAUCAACUUGCCAAGAUUUUCAGAGUUCUCGGCACACCGAGCGAGGCAAGUUGGCCUGGUUUUUCUAAAUUGCCGGGGUCUAAAGCAAAUUUUGUGAAGCAGCCGCAUAAUUUGUUGCGGAAGAAGUUUCCUGCCACAUCUUUCACAGGAUCUCCAGUUCUCUCCGAUUUGGGAUUUGACUUGUUAAACAAGCUUCUAUCUUAUGACCCAGAAAAGCGAAUAACUGCUGAUGCAGCCCUCAAUCAUCCAUGGUUUAGUGAGGUUCCACUUCCCAAGGAAAAAGAGUUCAUGCCUACUUUCCCCCCUCAGUAUGCAAGGAAGAUGUAGAAGCUGUUCUACUAGAAGUGGCAAAUUACUCUACAGCACUUGGGUAUCUGAGAAGCUCAGAAUCAUUUUUGGUGGAGCAACGGGGAAAGAGUGAGGCUCAUCGAGGCUGGUGGAUUUGAAUAAUCUGGUGCUUGUAUUCCUCUUGGAGAUAUGUGUUUGUAAUUAUCUUUUAAUCUCUGAGUUGAAGAUCUUGACUGUUGACCUUUUUUACUCUCUUGGCAUUAUUUUUCUGUUCAGGAUUGUCUCUUUCAAAAGAAAGAGAUUGAUUCAGACAAUCCAAUGGGAUACAUAUCUUUCUUUGUAAUGAUCCUCUGUAGCCUCCCUGAACUUGUAAGGUGUAAGGUGCUUUAACAGUCAUCUUCAGUUCUUCUUGAAUCAGCUCGAGUUCAAAUUGGUGUAAAUAAUUCAGCCUACUCACCUUAAUGUUUGAAGUUCUCUUUUCUUCUGUAACAAACUGCUGUUUCACUAUUUUCCCUUUAAUAAUUUUUUUGUCUGCAAGAGGAACUCUUUGCGACAAAGGAAGAACAUCAUUGAUGCUUUUCAGUCGAAAGGUCGGAAACCGUUGCACCUGUAAGGUAACCAGAACUGCUGCUAUAUUGUAGACUUUGUAUUGGAUCAAGUAUUCAGCUGGAAUGUGCACUUUCUGGCUGUCUUCAAGUUUUCUUCCUCGAUUAGUUAUCUCAUAUAUGCUUCUCUUCUCAAAGGUGAUUGGAGUUUGUUCUGGGAUCAUGUUUGCAGUCAUGCAUCGUAGGAAGAUGAUUUAUACAGAAGUAAAUCAAAGGGUCCACUGGGACAUCAUGUUAAUAGUGCGAAGACCAAUUUUGAACAUCUACUUGAUUGCUGUGUAUAGAUUAUAUAGAUAUAUAUCUCCUUUUGUAAAAUAUUUUUUCUGUAUCCUUUUCUUUCUUAUUGGAUGAAUCAUGUAUGGCUGUGGAUCCAUACUCGUGAUGAACAGAAAUAAUAUAUGUUGGAGGAAGGUAUCCGUGCGGUUGUGAAUUGGAAAAUUCUUGAGCAUUGAUUUAAUGGUCAGCUUUUUGUGGUA